AUGUGGCUGUACAUCAUCCACCCGAACGCACUUGUCCAGGCCCUCGCCGAGAUCGAGCCCAGCCUCGCGGGGGCGUACCCGACGCAUGGUCUGCUCGUGCUCGGGACAUCGCUCAUGCGGUUCACGGAGCUGAUGGUGGCCAUCCGCGACGACCCGCGCGUCCCCGCUGAACAGCGCGUGCAGUGGCUGCGCAUCACGUCUACCGGGUGGAUCACAUGCACGCCCACGCUCGACACGGCCACGGACGUCGACAACGUCGUCUUUCGGUCGCCCUCUGGGACGCCGCUCCAACACAACUGCGUCGCUGUCCUGACCAAGACCUCGACGUCCGAGGGCCAUACGACGGACAUCAACUUUGAAGGCGCGACGCAAGACGAGCAUCCGACGCUCGCAAACGCCCUCGUGCUUUCCGAUCGCAAGGUCACGGUGCGCGGGCCUGUUCCGUCGCAUUGUUUUUGGCUGGACGCCGACAUGAUCUGCUACGCGAUCACGCUCGGUACGCUGGCCCACCAACUGGACUUUGCGGACGUCAUUCGCGCGACCGCGCGGUCGUUUGGCGCCUUCAAGCUUACGACAGGGACGAUCGGGAGCUCAUCCGGCGGUGCUGCCAUGCGCCUGUUUUCUGGCUACUCGCCCUUCUUCAAGACGGUCUUGUCCAACACGACGUAG